AUGAUACUAUUCAUUAGGAUUGAAACACUGAAUGAGUUUAGUAAUAAUGGCCUGUCUCAUUAUUGCAUUGCAGACGAUGAGAGUGGUAUUGAUGUGGAUGAUGUUAAUUUUGUGAUCGAUCAAGAAAUUCCACUUGAUGCUAAACAUUUGAAUCGAGUUCAUGAAGAACUGGAAAAACUGAAUAUUGCAACCGAUGUCAUAAAUAAAUUGGAAUUACAACUGGAUGAAGCAAGGGCCAAUUUUGGGCAGAUCCAAGCUAACUGGUCCCAGAAAUUGAAUGAUCUGAGCAAAAAAUAUGGGUCUGCUAUUGAGAAGGCACGACCUUAUUAUGAGGCAAAGCUUGAGGAGCGAAAACUCCGCGAAGAGGCGCAGAAGGCAGCGAUUCGGUUCGAACGUGCAAAUUCGAUGCAUGCAGUUGCGAAGCAGCAAGUGAAGCUCACUCAGGAUAGUCUGAAUAGACAAAAAUGCAUUGAGCCAGAAUGUCUUGAGGUAUUAAAUCAUCAUAUUCAACGUGUUAAUGAAACGGAAUCCGAAAGGCAACAAGCCGAAGAGAUGCAUCGUAAUUUAUCAGCGCAAAUGGCGAAUACAGCCAUGAAAGUUAUAUCUCUCCAUAAACAAAACGCCCGUGCCAUUAAAAAAAGUCGUCAUUAUUUCGAUCAGCGUAUUGAAUUCACUCGUGUUCUGGAACAGCAAAAAGAUCUCAUCGUUAAACUCGAAAUUGAGGUCCGUCAAAAGAAAUUCGAUUAUACGACAUCGUUGAGGAAUCUUGAACAAAUCUCGGAUUCGAUUCAUGAACAGAGAAGUUUGUCAAGCAUGAAAAGAGAAACUGGUGUGGGUUGUGAAUAUCCGGAAACGUUCGCGAGUGAACAGCAGUCGAGUGAAUCUCAGAAACGUAAGAAUGAAAAAGAACAUGAAGAGUCUCGCAAGAAAGCAGAUCAGGAUAAUCAAGAAGCACUCAAAGGCAUUCGAUCCAAACUCGAUCAGAUGACAAUGAACUACGAUAAAUCGAUCGAUGAUGCGUUGAUAUUUGUGGAUGAUCAAGAUGAUCAGUACCAAAAUUCAUCAAAGAACGUUAGUCUCGGUUCGGGAGUGAUAUUGCUAGCACAACAACUGAUAAGACCACAUGAUAAAUCGCAUCAAAAAUCGAGCACGUCAAUUGUACUGUCAAGAGAUGAUUCAGCAGCAUCAGAUUUCCGUUAUCAGACGGCAUUGCCAAAGGGUGUGACAAUGGGUGGAAGUGACGAUGUUCAGCAGAACAUUAACAAUUCUUUCGAGACCAGUGAUAGCGAAUGCUCGAAUGAAAGCAGUACUCAUAAUGAUUCGGUUAUUGGUACUGAGGAAUUAUGUGGAAUGUUGCGCAGUCACACUAUACUUAUGAAGGAGAUAAAAGAGUGUACAGACCGUACGGGGAAUAUAUUGCAAAGUGGUGUAAGUGAUGUGGAGAGGAGCAGUGCAAGUGGCGAUAGUAAUGCUGGAUAUUAG